AUGGCUUCCAUCUUGCGCGACACCGUCUUUGAGCUUCUCAAACGCGAGGCUGCAGACGCCGACCCAGAUGAGCCCGAGGCCGGCCAGAAAGAAAUCUUUGCAUCAUGGUCACUCUUCAUUCUGAUCAUGCUGCUCAUUGUCGCCCUGUUCACCAGUUACAUGCUGCAGACAAGGAAGAUCCAGGCCGUACACGAGACCGUCUUGUCCAUCUUUGCAGGGAACUUCUUCCGCAACAUUGGAACCAUUCUUACCUUUGCCUUCGCUGGCACCUUCAUCUCCGCCAUGGUCCUGGGCCUCAUCCUCUACGUAUGGACACGAAUCCCUCUUGAGGGCUUGGACAUUACCUUUGUCGAGGCCAUCUCCGUCGGCGCAACCCUCUCCGCUACCGAUCCUGUCACCAUUCUUGCCAUCUUCAACACCUACAAAGUCGACCCACAGCUCUACACUGUCAUCUUUGGAGAAUCCAUCCUCAAUGACGCUAUCGCCAUUGUGCUGUUUGAGACUGCUCAAAAGUACAGGGAAGGCGCUGCCAAAGGCCAUUUGACCAUCUUGAGUCUGUUCGAGAGUAUCGGUGUCUUCUUACUCGUCUUCUUUGGCAGUUUGAUGAUUGGCUUGGUCGUCGGCAUCGGCACGAGUCUGCUGCUCAAGUAUACACUGGUCAGGCGUUUCCCCAAGAUUGAGAGCUGUCUCGUCGUUCUCAUCGCGUAUGCAUGCUACUUCUUCUCCAACGCCAUCCACAUGUCGGGGAUCGUGUCUCUCCUGUUCUGCGGAAUCUGCAUGAAGCACUACGCUUACCACAACAUGUCUCGCCGCACUCAGCUUACAACAAAAUUCAUCUUCCAGGUCAUGGCUCAGUUGUCCGAGAACUUUAUCUUCAUCUACUUGGGUCUUUCCCUGUUCACCGAGGCCGGACUGGAGUACAAGCCUCUGUUUAUCCUUGUCACUGUAGUCGGAAUCUGCGUCGCUCGGUACUGCGCCGUUUUCCCGCUAUCCAAAGCCAUCAACUAUUUCAUCCGGUACAGAGCUCGCAAGCUUGGUCGUGAGGAAGCAGAUGUCUUACCCAAGAAUCACCAGAUGAUGCUCUACUGGGCCGGUCUUCGCGGUGCUGUUGGUGUCGCUCUGGCUGCUGGUUUACAAGGUCCCAACGGAUUUGCAUUACGCGCUACCGUACUGGUUGUGGUAGUCUUGACCGUUAUCAUCUUUGGUGGCACGACGGCGCGCAUGCUGGAGAUUCUAGAAAUCCGCACUGGAGUUGUAGAGGAGAUCGACAGCGAUGAUGAGUUUGAUAUCGAAGUGGUUCCAGGAUCCAACGGAACAUUUACUAAGAAAGGUGGAGCCGGUUUCGGACACAUGCCACGCCCAAGUCUGGCUGGAGGUAUUUCUCUGGCUAGUGUUGCUAACGGCCGGCCACGUGCAGAGAGCAAAUCGAACAGAGCAGCUCUGUACAGCACUAGCAAUGCCAGUAGCCCUCCUAUCCGUCCCGGCGACGGACUCGGCAGAAGAGCCAGCAGUAGGAGCGCACGAGAGCAAGCCGCGGCUGAACAAGGUCUGCUUUAUCCAGACCAGAACGGAGAUGUGUCUGACGAUGAUGAAUCAGGGCUCGACUUGCCACCAUCAGCUAGACGAUCGCCGUUACAAAAUACGUUCCCUACAGCGACUGGAGACGAUACUCCGUACGCAGAUGACAGAGCUAUGGAGGCAGGUCAGGCAGAAUCAAGCCACCUUACUGCUCGUGGAGCGUUCAGUCAGUUGAUGAACGCAACCACAGAAGACGCAGGUACUCUGUUCUCGAGGAUCGAUGAAGGCUUCAUCAAGCCACAUCUGUUGUUGGAUCCUGGCGGUACAAGGUCUCCCCGUCCACAUGGAGGCGCAUAG